GGUCGGACGGACUGUGCACACACUUUUAUUAUAUUUUUGAUGACGUCAUCAUUAGCACCACUGCAGAUAAACAACCAUGGCGCCGUCUGUUACUAUUAAAACUGAUCCUGGUAGAAAUUCCAAAAAAGGAAUUAAUGGAAUCCUUCUUGGUCCUCCAGGAUCAGGGAAGGGAACACAAUCCGAGAAGUUAGUUGACAAAUAUUGCGUUUGCCAUUUGGCAACAGGUGAUAUGCUUCGUGCUGUGGUAGCAUCAGGAUCCGAGCUAGGUAAAAAAAUAAAAGGAGUUAUGGAUUCUGGACAGCUUGUUACAGAUGAAUUGGUUGUUGAACUAAUCGACACCAAUCUCCGUAAACCUGAAUGUAAAAAUGGUUUUCUUCUUGAUGGCUUUCCUCGAACCAUACCACAAGCAGAAAAACUUGAUGUAUUGCUGGAAAACCGUGGAACACCUUUAGAUCAAGUUGUGGAAUUUCAUAUCGAUGAAGAAACGUUGGUGAAACGUAUUACUGGACGUUUGUUCCACAUGAAAAGUGGUCGAUCUUACCAUACUGAAUUCAAACCACCCAAGAAAGAGAUGACCGAUGACGUAACUGGAGAACCGUUAACUCGUAGAAGCGACGAUAACGAAGAAACGCUCCGUAAGCGACUGGCUUCAUAUCGUAAAUCAACCUCACCUUUAGUUGAUUAUUACAAGAAACGUAAUUUACAUACCCGAAUAGACGCAGACCGACCAAUGACUGCAGUGUUUGCUAGUGUAUGCGCCAUCUUCGAUAAUGUGAAGAAAUAAGCCUCGUUUAAUCAAUAUUGAUAUUAUUCUCGAUAUCUCCAUUUCCUAAGAAACAUAUUUUUUAGUCAACCUCAGAAUCAAUCAGCUUUUUUAUCAUUUGAAUCAUAUGUAUUUUAUAUAUACAACUUUAAUUAUGUCCUGAAUCCCUUCUAUUGUAUAUCAUAUAAUAUCAAUACAACAUCGAGUAAAUACAUCUCACAUUUUAA